CGAAGCUUUAUCAUAAUUAUUGAGAAAGUUGGAAAUUCCAAGCAACAAGAAGAAGAAAAGAAAACUCCAACUCCAUGGUAGUAUGUUAAGGAAGAAGAAGAAGGAGCAAGAAAACCAUUCAAGUGUCCAAAAUCCUGAGCAUAAGACAAUCAGUCCAAUUGAACAUUCGGAAGGUAUUGCAAAGAAAGUUCGGCGUUGGAAUGUUGAAGUUAGUGAGUUAAUCGUCGGAAUCAUGUUCAUCGACAUACCCGAAAUUCUGGACAACAACUUUCUAUUGACUUCAGGUCCGAUUUACGCUAUCUUACAUAUGUUAAAACGAAAUACUUUCUAUACGAAAGUUGUAGCCUUACAUCUUAGGAAUCUAUAGAAUCAAACGGUUUGCAAUUCCGUGAAGAAACGAUGGAGAUAUGCCCAAAUUACCGCAGGUUGUCCAGUUGUGACGGAAAUGACAAAGUUGGCAAAUUACGAUGUUGUUUCCACUCCCGCUCAUCCGUAAGGUUUCGGCCUUUGAUUUCCAGGUCUGUACCUUUGCGUUAGACUUGUCGAAUCAUUCAUCACAUACAUACAUGAACAUAUAUGUUAUUCCAUAUGUUAAAACCAUUCCAAAAUAUAUAUGUGAUACAUAUAUAAGUUAUCUAUAUGUUGAGAUCAAAAUACACCAAAUCCAUAAAGUUAAAUUACACAU